AUGACAUCAUUUUCACAUUUUUAGCUCCUAGUCCUCGGUUCUUAAUUCCAAGCUCCUCACCCUUUUUUGACCCCCACAGCAGCCUAAGCUCCUGUUACCUAUGACUCUUCUCCUUCCAGUCUAAGGUUGGUUUAUCAGAUUAUUUCUGUUCAUGUUUGAUUAUUAUUCGGCGGCCAAUACUUGCGUAUGCUCUUGGCUUUUUUCUUGUUUACUUCAAUUCCCAGGACCCAUUUUGAGAAAUAUUCUAUCAUCAGAAUGGCUUCUCAUCAUGGAAAGCUGAGAUCUCAGCUGCAUUGUUCUGAGUUAGGCCUGCAUAGCCCUUAGACGCCUCGCAUGCUCAUAACCCAAAUCAAAUCCAUAUUAUUGUGAACAACCCAGAUCACAGUUAAUCUUCUUAGUUGUUGCCUUCUUUCGCAAAUAUGUAUCCUCAAGGUCGAGUGAAGGAGGACUUCCCUGCAGGAGCAAGCAGCUGGUUCUUUUCGGACACGGCGCCAUCUAUAAAAAUUCCUCCUCCUCAACCAAGGGAGGGACUCCAUGGCACAGGUCCUCCACCUUUCCUUACCAAAACGUAUGACAUCGUCGACGAUCUCACCACAAACCAUAUCGUUUCUUGGAGUAGAGGGAACAACAGCUUUGUUGUUUGGGAUCCCCAGUCCUUUGCCAUGAGUCUUCUCCCCAGAUACUUCAAGCACAACAAUUUCUCAAGCUUUGUCAGGCAGCUCAACACUUAUUUUCUUACACCUGUGGUUCAUGUUCCUCAUGAGACACCUAAAUUGGAUAACAUGAAGGUUGAUCCUGAUAGGUGGGAGUUUGCCAAUGAAGGGUUUCUUAGAGGACGCAAGCAUCUUCUAAAGACUAUUAGGAGGAGGAAGACACCGCAAGCCCAUGCUUCACAGCAGGCUCUGGACACUUGUGUUGAAGUUGGACGGUUUGGAUUAGACGGAGAAGUUGAUUGGUUGAGGCGUGACAAGCAGGUUUUAAUGGUGGAACUGGCGAAGCUUCGACAGCAACAACAGAAUACUGGAACUUACCUCCAAGCAAUGGGGGAUAGACUUAGAAAGACAGAGCUCAAGCAGCAACAGAUGAUGAGUUUCUUGGCAAGAGCAAUGCAGAAUCCCAACUUUUUACAACGGCUAGUUCAGCAGCACAGACGAAAAGAGCUCGAGGAAGUGGUGAAUAAGAAGAGAAGGCGAGCUAUUCAUGAUCAAGGACCUAGUAACCUUGAAGUUGGCGAACUAUCUGAGUUUGAGCGUCAGGAUCACGACAACAUGUCCGAGUUUGAAGCUUCAGAGCUGGAAGAACUUGCUAUGAACAUGCACGGACUAGGUGGGAGCCAAAAUAACCCUGAGGAAGAACAUAUAGAGAAAGAAGAGGAACAUGAAAGAAGAGAUAAGGACCUUGAGGAGGGGUUCUGGGAAAAUCUGUUAAAUGAGGCUAAUAUCGAAGAAGAAAUAAUUGGUAUCCUGGGUGUUGAAUAGGAAGAUGAAGGAGAUGUGGAUAUGUUGGCUGAGCAGCUGGGCUAGCUGCCAGGCCUCUAGUCCUAUUUAGAGAAAAACUCCUUGUUCUGGCUUUCAGCUUGUAUUGCUUCUAUGUCCUAAAUAAUGCAUCUUUUGUGUGUCUAGGUCUCCUUGAUGAAAAAAUCCAUGCUACUUUUGAAAUGGCAUAUGGGUUUCUUCAUAUCGACAAGGGGCACAAUCCAUGAACUAGAAGAAUGUACUUCAAGCGAAUGGGCAGACACAUUAAUUAAUAAUAUCAUAGCAACUUGGCAAUUUUGAAUUGCCGCCUGGAUUUGGCAUUCUUGUUCUCAAAAUACAACAGUAUCUGUAAUUACUUCCUAUGUGAGCAAGGGAUGCAGGGUGUAAGUUUAUUCA